AAUAAUUAUGAAAAAUACUGUUGUUGAUAUUUUUUCCUAAUUGGAUUGUAGAGGUAAACAAAAUGAAUAAGGCGCAUGCACCAAACAGAAAUAUCUUGAAUAAAGCGCAUGCACUAACACGAGAUGUCGUGAAUUCGGAUAGUCGUUGGCACAUGCUCCGGUAACAUAUCUCAAUUUUACCUGCCCUUGCUGAACUUAUUCAUAUGUAAUAUCAUUUUGUUAUCAACGCAUUAUGGGUUUUGAGAAUACAUCCAAUUUUGGGGUUAGAAAAUCCAAAUCACGAAAGCGUACGAAAAUUCGAAAUGAAAUAUUAGAAGAUAAGAAAUCUCAAGCAAAUUCUGACAGCAAUAUAAUAGCCAAGAGUAGCGACGAUGAAACAGGAGAAUCUAAUGAAGCUAUUCUAGAGAGAGCACAACAAAGGCCACGUAAAUGUAAAAUUUCUAAAAAUGGUCUUAAUUACAAAGCGACCAAGAGAACGUUAGAAGAACUUGGAGGUACCGACAUAUUGCAGAAGAAUUCAAGUGAUAUUGAAUUAUCGAGCGAAGACAAAAUAACGUCUAAACGUCAGAAACGUGGAAGUAUUGCGCUUGUUGAGAGUAAUCAAAGUAUGGAAGAUUUAAAUACUACUGUUUCGGAAGAGAGUGCAAAGAAUACAAAAACACCUUCGAAACGAAAAAUAAAGAAAGAAAAGGCUGAACAAAGAGAAGCAGAAAAGCGACAAGCUACUAAAGCAGAAGCAACUCAAAAAGCGCUCACUUAUGUUAAGAAGUGGAAAUAUUCAAGAAGCGAAUGGAAAUUUGAAAAAAUAAGGCAGAUAUGGUUAAUGGAUAAUUUACUCGACGAUACUCUUAUCCCCGAUGAAGUAUUUCCAACGGUGUUAGAAUACUUUGAAGGCUGCAAAGGUAUGGCCAGAGAACAACUUUUGAAGAAAGGUAUGGAUGUCGUACGAAUUGCGGAAGAAAAUAUAAAAAAGAAAACUGAGACUAUAGAAUCUGUAUCAUAUAAGAGGGCUAGAUUACUUUUGCAAGCAUUACCAACUGAAACAUAAUUAAUAUCAGCGAGUAUUCAUUUAUAAGAAUUUUCAUUAUUUAUCAAUAAUUGAAGAUUUUCAUAAGAGCACAAUAAUUACUUACAUUUCGAUAUAAUUGAAUAAUAAUUUUGCUAAAUAUAUUAUUCAAAAUGACUAAUGAAUUAUGUAAAAUAUAGGUUUAAU